AUGUCAGGUUCAUUUUGGAAAUUUGGACAAGACUAUUCCAUGGAAUCUCCCAUUUCCAAAAUAUUAAAUAGAGCAUUCAUAAAGAUAAAGGAUAACAAUUUUAAUAUCGAAAAGGAUGAACCAAAAGAUAUAGAUAUGACAAGUGACAAAGACUCCCAAAGGGAGGAAAAAGGAAAGUUGUCAGUACCGGAAACGGAACUUGAAGUACCAACAGAUGAAACAGAAUACGAGAAAUUCAAACCAAACCUUGAUGUGUUAGAUGACUUAUUGGAUGAUGAUGAGCUAUAUACCGAAUUGAUGUGUUCCAAUUCUAAAUUGUUGAUGUUUCUAAAAUAUCCAGAAACAUUAUCGAAAUUAGUUGAUUAUGUGACAAAGGAACCCAUCUUAACUGAGAGUUUGAUUGAAGAACCAGAUAUAACUGAAGAAUUAGCUGAAAGAACAAUUAUAGUUGAUGCAGAUGAAAAUACCCUGGAAGAACCCCUAGAUAGAGAUGUUGAAGAAAUUACAGAUAAUGCAUCAGACGUAUCACAGGAAACAAGCUGUACAGUUCCUCCUGAAACUGAAGAACAGAUUGAAUCUCGAAGGGCAAGAAUUGCUGCAGAUAUCCUCGCAGCUGAUGUCUGGCCCAUAUCUUCGGCGCUAAUGGAAAACGAAGAAUUGCUAACCAGGCUUUGGUCUGUAUUGGAUCAUCCUGCUCCUCUGUCGAUUGCAGCCUCCUCAUACUUCAUGAAGAUUAAUGAAAGAUUACUAGACAUGGAUAUCAAUAACAUGCUACAGUUUAUUUUAAACCGAAAAACAUUAGUUGAUAGAUUCAUAACACAUGUGGAUAAUCCAUCUCUAAUGGAUUUCUUACUAAAAGUUAUUUCUACCGACAAACCUGAUGCUCCAACAGGAGUCAUAAAUCAAUUAAAGGAACAAGAUUUGAUACCUAAAUUGUUAGAUCAUUUGGACAUGACAUACUCGGCAUCUACGCAAUCAGCCGUCGGGGAUUUCAUAAAAGCUUUUGUAACACUAAGUGCUAACUCUAAUAAUGAAAUUGCCUCUGGUAUUGGUCCUAAUGAAUUGACAAGACAGUUGGUCUCUUCAGAGAUGAUGGAAAAACUUAUAAAAACUAUGUUAAAUGGUGGUACUUCUUUAAGUAAUGGUGUUGGAAUAAUCAUUGAAUUAAUUCGUAAAAAUAAUUCUGAUUAUGAUUUUGUUCAGGUUAUCUAUACUUCAUUGGCAACACAUCCGCCAACAGAUAGAGAUCCAAUUCAUUUGACUUAUUUGGUUAAACUAUUUGCGAAAUAUAUGCCAGACUUCGAGAAAUUGUUAAGUGGUAAUAAACUACCGCUUCUGAAAACACCAUUCGGUGAAAUUGAACCCUUAGGAUUUGAGAAAUUUAAGAUUUGUGAAUUGAUCGCUGAAUUGCUACAUUGCUCUAAUAUGACAUUACUAAAUGAACCCAAUGGAGAGGCAAUCGUAACUGAACGUGAUCUUGAAAGAGUAAAGAUGUUUUCCCAAGAAGAAGAUAAUGACAUGAAUGGUACGGCAGAUUUACAAGAAGAAAUCGAAGAGAAUUCAGUUGCUGAGAAAUCAUCAAAUGGGGGAGAAGUUACAGAAAAAUUGAACAAAUUAAAAAUUGAACCCGAACAAAUUAUUUCUGAAACAAAUGAAGAGAUUGAAACUGAGCAUGAAGACAAUGACACCGAUCCUGUCAAUACUAAUGAUGAGUUAGACGUUGCUAAUGGAGAAGUUGAAACAGCUGAAAUCUAUGAUGAAACGUUGUCAGAUUCGGAGGCUACCGAAGCAUUAUUACGUGAAAAUCCAAUUCCUGGUGACCAAUUGAAAAUUUCUCUUCGAGAAACAGGUAUUAUAAGAACAAUUUUGGAAAUGUUUUUUCACUUUGAAUGGAACAACUUUUUACAUAAUGUUGUCUUUGAUAUUGUUCAGCAGAUAUUUAAUGGUCCACUAAGGACAACCUAUAAUAGGUUCUUGUUAGGUGAUCUAUUGACAGGCUCCGAGAUUAUUCAUCUGGUGUUGGAUGGUGAUAAGAAAUGUGCGGCACAGCAAGAAAAACAUGGUUUACGUAUUGGUUAUAUGGGCCAUUUGAUGCUAAUAGCAGAAGAAAUUGCCAAAUUUAUCGAAUAUAUUGAAGAAAUGAAGAUAUCGUUUUCGAAUCCAGCAAUACAAGAGUGUCUUAAUGAACCCCAAUGGAGAGAAUAUAUGGCUACGAUAUUAGCUGAUACAAGAGUCAAAUACAAUACUGUCUUGGGUGAUUUUGUCAGUGAAGAUGGGUCCGGAGAUCUUAUACACAACGCUGAUUUAGACAUUAUUGAUACUGAUGCUAUGAAAGACGACGAAGAUAGUUAUAUGAACGAAUACGAUAGUAGAGAUAAUGUCAAUGACGAAAACACCUACCAAACUUUUGACGAAAACGAAAAUGCAGAUGAGGAUGAUGGCUAUGCUGAAUAUAGUGAUGGGCAUAAUUCUGAUGAUUUGCAAUAUUCCCCGGAAAGAAACCAACAAACAGAUAAGAUUCAAUCCAAUGAAGGAUAUCCUGAGCAUGGAGAUAAAUUCACCUCGUAUAUGUCACACCAUCUUGGUGGAAAUUUUAAUGAUACCGUUGGUAAGGGGAAUAAUAUGAAUAAUACGCAAGAAUCGGCGGAAGGAGACGGUGAAGGCUGGAGUUCGCGUGAUGCUGAACAUAACAUGGCACAUAACCUAGCUAAGCAUGAAGAUAUUCACGCUCAAUUCAAAAUGGAAGAUAUUCAUGAUGACGAAGAUUACACUGACCCUAGUGAUGAUGGCCAAUCAUAUGCUAAGCCUGGCCAUCCGCUAUAUAGUGGUUUUAUACCGUCAAGGAAGGAUUCUAAUGGAGUUCAAUUAAUUUCGAAUUCUCAACUAAGUGAUGAAGAGGAGAGUAGUGAUGAUAGUUCGUCCGAUUUGAAUGAUGACGAAGAAGAUGAAGAUGGCAAUAUUGGCUCUGAUGAUUAUAAUGAUGGUAGCGAGUAUUCUUUGCAAAGAACACGCAGCAAAGAAUUCACCUUCAUGAGUUGA